UUGCAUUUCAUGUUGUGUUGUUGCAUUGCACUGAAUCUCAUUGCAUUGAAUUUUAUUUCAUUGCAAUGAAGGGAUGGUGGUACCCUGGGUCAUGCAUGGGUGAGCAUCCCAAAAGGUGCUCUAAGGAGACACAAAGUUACCAUCUGUGUGCUUGAGACUCCCGAGAAUGUUGUAAGGGACCGUGGAGGGGAGGACCAAAGUCCAAAGGGAUGGGCCUAAGGUUUGGGGUCUCAGCUCAGCUGGAUUCCCGGUGCCUCUCCCUGCAGCUCCACCAGCCCUGCUGCGUGGUGGCAGGGCCCGCAUGGAUCUGCCGUUCCAGCACAGUGAGGCGAAGGGCUUCAUCUCCAGUGCCGAGCUGAGCAUGAAGCAAACAGCAGCACCCGGACCCGAGAACCGGUCCCGAUUCCAGAAAGUCUCACUGGUGUCACGACGGCUGGAGCACACGGCAGGAGGGGGGGGCCGGGAUGGCAGCCCCUCCCGCGUCUCCCUGCUGCUGCAGGCCUGGGAGAGGGAGAUCGUGGAGAAGACGGCGUCGGGGCCGAGCGCGGUGACGCAGCGCAGCUGUUCGUCCUCUGUCAGCAUCCUGAAGGACUUUGCAGCGCACGGCCCCAUUUUCUCACAGGUCUUCUCGCCACGGCGGCGGGAGGAGAAGCGGGAGGAUGACACAGUACCUGCACCCAGAGAUGUCCCGGUGCACCGCGAGAGCUACAUGCAUGGCGUGCUGCUCCCCACCGUGCCCCGCUGCCAGCGCUCCACCCGCGACCCCAAGCCCAAGGCCAGGCACGUCACUGUGCUGCGGGAGGGCAGGGAGGCAGAGGAGGGCAGGAAAACCCAAAAUGGAAUGUGCAAAGCCACCACUGUGCCCUCAUUGCAUCAGAGAGGCUGUAAGCCGGAUGGUGGUGGCAUCACCAAGAUCACAGCACGUGGCAAAAGCUCACUGAGUGCUGUGGAUACCAGGGAAUCCUCCAGGGAGAAAUGUUCAAAGCCAGAUGAAUCCAUGCCCAAUGCAACACCAAGAGGCAGAGACAAGCUCCAGGACCUGCAAACCAGUACAACCAGUGCCCAGUGUCCUCUGACAGAUUGGUCUGGAGCGGGAGAAGGAGGUGCAGUGCAUAGGGAGGGCUCUAUUUCAGCCAUACAGCCCAGGACAGAGAGCUAUGAUGAAGCUGGCAGCACCUCCAAAAACAUCUCCAAGAAAGCAAGCAAUGGACCUGAGCUGUUAUGUGGAGCACGAGCAUCUCCAAAAGACUCAGAAGUUGAGAUGAAGGAGGGUGAGAUGAUGAAGAAUCACAAGGGUGUGGCCCAGGAUACCCAGAGCAUCCCUGAGCCUCCUAUGGAGAGCACUGCAAAGCCCCAGCCUGAGAGCAUCCCAAAACCCCAACCUGAGGGUGUCUCAAAACCCCAACCUGAGGGUGUCUCAAAACCCCAACCUGAGGGUGUCUCAAAACCCCAACCUGAGAGUGUCCCAAAACUUCAAUCUGAGGGUGUCCCAAAACCUCAACCUGAGAAUGUCCCAAAACCCCAACCUGAGAGUGCCCCAAAACUUCAAUCUGAGGGUGUCCCAAAACUUAAAUCUGAGGGUGUCCCAAAACCCCAAGAUGAGAGCACCCCAAAACCCCAACCUGAGAGCAUCCCAAAACCCCAAGCUGAUAGUGUCCUCAAAUGCCAACUUGAUAGUGUCCGAAAAUCUCAACCUGAGGGUGUCCCAAAACCCCAACCUGAGAGUGUCCCAAAACCCCAACCUGAGAGUGCCCCAAAACCUCAAUCUGAGGGUGUCCCAAAACUUAAAUCUGAGGGUGUCCCAAAACCCCAAGAUGAGAGCAUCCCAAAACUCCAACCUGAGGGUGUCCCCAAGCCCCUACCUGAGAGCACCCCAAAACCUCAACCUGAGAGUGUCCCAAAACCUCAAUCUGAGAGUAUCUCAAAACCCCAAAUUGAGAGCAUCCCAGAGCCCCCCCAUGAGUCCCCAGCUCCACCCCAGAGUCUCCCAGAUGCAUCCGAGGAGGAUCCUGAGCUGGUGGUGGACAUGGAGAUCUUCGUGGACACGCUGCGCAACAUGGAGCCCUCAGAGAUACGGAAGGCACCCAAGGUUCCGCGCCAGCCCCGGCCUUCAGCACUGGGUCGCUGCCCAGCACUGCCACCCAUCCACGAGGACCACGUGGCCCCACGCACCCACAUCUCACUGCCUGUUGCCCUGCAGGAGCUGCUGGCAUGGGGAGGGGGGGGACAACGAGCUGAGACCCCUCCAGAGGACACUGAGAACCACGAUGAGGAGGAGGAGAUCGAGAACCCCUACCUGAGCCCUGGGGAGAAGGCGCUGAGGAGGGCUCAGAAUGGCAAUGGGGAGCUGGGUUCACUCCUGGGGGGGCCAACACAGGGCAGGGCCACGGGUGAGCGCAGUAUUCUGUUUCGAGGGAACGUCCUCAAAGGCAUGGCACUUCUCUCUGACUUCCUGGAGCACCAUGCAGCUUCAGCAGAUGAAGUCAAGCCCUACUCACGCCUGGAUAACAGCAUGCUUUACAGCCGCUUUGUGUCCUCUGCCAACACCCACAAUGGGGUCUCCAAUGGUACGGGUGCUGGUGACCACCCCAGCACUGAGCUGGAAGCACUGAAUCCUGACCACAACCCUCCUGUUCCUGAAGAGCCAGAGAGUGCCAGAGUCCCGUACCCCACUGACAUCCCGGUGAGUGCAGCCCUGGAGCAGUGCCUGAAGGUGCUGGGGCACAUAGGGGUGUCAGAUCUGAACCCCCUGAGCAUCUUCCCCUGCUUCCAGCCUACAGAUGGUGCGUUGUAUUGGGGGAAGCUGUGCUGUGUAACCCCCAGUGCGAUGGGAGGGUGCUGGGAUGGUGGGAGGGAUUUGCUGGCUGUAGAUGCGAGGCUUUGGCUGCUGCUCUGUUGGGCUGAGGCAAUGGCUGCACUCUGCUGUCACCCCAACCAGAUCAUCCUCUUCUCUGAGGCCGGCUUCGCAGGGCAAAGACGGGAGAUUUGGGGUGAUGUCCCCGACGCUACAUCUUGGGAGCUGUCACACAAAAUCUCCAUCAGGGUCAUCCGUGGCGGGUGGGUGAUGUAUGAGAAACCACGGUUCCAUGGGCGCAAGUGUGUGCUGGCAGAGGGGGAUGUGGAGAUUGACAACCCCUGGAUAGUGUACGGGCAGAGCGAUGAGCCACGUGGCAGUCGGCCCUUCCGCAUCGGCUCUUUCAAGAGGGUGGUGAAGGUGAGCAGCUGGAAAAUGGGGUGCAGAGCCCUCCCAGAUUCAGCCACUAUUCAUUCUGUGCUCUCCCCACACCAGGAUUACCGCACACCUGAGAUCAGUCUGUUUGCUGAGGAAAAUGGAGAAGGUGCCAGGCUGCAGUUCAGUGACUCGGCUGAGGAUACCCGCGUGCAGGGGCAGUCACUCACUGCUUCCUCCAUCAUUGUGCACUCGGGACUGUGGCUGGUUUACUCCAAGCCCUUCUUCGAUGAUGACCCCUAUGUCCUGGAGCCAGGCGGGUACCCCAGCCUGAAGGCCUGGGGAGCAAAGGAUCCAUCCAUCUGCUCCAUGCAUCCCAUCAGGCUGGGCUGCCCGGUGGUGGAGCGUCCUGGCGAGCCGCAGGUGCUGAUCUAUGAGGACACGGGCUUCCAAGGACACAGCUUCAUUGUCAGCCGGGAUAUCUAUGACCUGAAGCGCCUGCCCGAACUGCCGCUGCCCACCGUGGGCUCAAUGCGUGUCCUGGGUGGCUGCUGGGUCGGCUAUGAGAAGGAGGGCUUCCGUGGCCACCAGUACCUGUUGGAAGAAGGGGAAUACCAGGACUGGCGGCAGUGGGGUGGCUACAGCAAGGAACUGAUGUCCUUACGGCUCAUACGGACGGAUUUCUCUGACCCGGCGCUGGUGCUCUUCGAGGCCAUGGACUUUGAGGAGGGUCCCAGCGUGGAGCUGAGUGAGGCACUGCCCGACACGCAGCUGGCUGGCUAUGGCACCGUCACACAGUCCAUCCAUGUGCUGAGUGGUGUCUGGGUGGCCUACGAGGGCCCCAACUUUUCGGGUGAGCAAUACAUUCUGGAGAAGGGAGUGUAUCGCAACUUUGAGGACUGGGGGGCCACCAACUGCCGCAUUGCCUCGGCACAGCCCAUCUUGCAGGUUAGGGAACACAACCUGCACUUCGUCUCCAAGAUCCUGCUCUUCUCGGAGCCUGACUUCCUGGGGGAACACCUUGCCUUUGAGGACGAGCAGAGUGCCCUGCCCGACAGCUUUGUGCCCCGCUCCUGCAGGGUUCAUGGGGGCAGCUGGAUCCUGUUUGACAGCCAGGCCUUCACUGGGGAGCAGCAUGUGCUGUCCGAGGGUGAGUACCCCACGCUGGGUGCCAUGGGCUGCCUCUCCUCCACCACCAUCCGCUCCUUGAAGAAGGUCCCAGUGUUCUUCUCAGAGCCCUCCAUCUUCCUGCAUGGCCUGGAGUGUUUCGAGGGGAAGGAGAUCGAGCUGAACAAUGAAGUGCGGAGUCUCCAGGCAGAGGGUUUCAACAACCAUGUGCUGUCAGUGCGUGUCAAAGGCGGCAUCUGGGUGCUGUGUGAGCACGGUGACUUCCGAGGCCGCCAGUGGCUGCUGGAGUGCACUGAGAUCACCAACUGGCUGACCUACAGCGGGCUGCAGCACGUGGGGUCCCUCUACCCCAUCCGUCAGAGACGGAUCUAUUUCCGCAUCAGGAGCAAGGAGCUGCAGCUCUACCUGUCUGUCCCUGACGAUGUGGAGGACAUGAAAGCAGGGCGCGUGGUGGUCUCCAGCCUGAGCGAGCAGAGCAGCUCUGUCUGGUACUACGAGGAUGGGCUGCUCAAAAACCAGGUUGCCCCCGCCAUGAGCCUGCAGGUCAUCGGGCCAGCUGGGAAGGGAGCAAAGGCCGUGCUGUGGUCUGAAACCCGGAUGCCACGUCAGACCUGGAGCAUCAAUUCUCAGGGACAGAUCCACAGCCAGAUGUUUGAGGAUAUGAUUCUCGAUGUAAAAGGUAAAGCUGUGGGGCCAGCACAGGGGCUGCUGUCCCAGGGACCCCAUGGAAAUGGGGUGUCAGAUAGGGCCACUCUCCUCUUUGCAGGUGGCCGAUCAUACGACCGGGACCAUGCCAUCAUUUGGGAGGUGGCUGAGGAACGCCCCACACAGAUCUGGGAGAUACAGGUGCUAUGAGCAGGGAACAUGUGGCCCUGGUGCCAGCAAGUGUCACGGGGAAAGACAGGAACACCCUGCAGUGGUGGGAGCUGCCUCCUGCCCUGCUGCCUGGCAGCUGCUGCCAUGAAGGAUGCCAUGACCACCUCCAUUACCCACCUCCCUCCUGGAUCACCAUGGGCACAUGUGCUGCUGACUGCUGUGGGAUGCUCUGAGUGCAACGUGGCAGAGCCUCUUCCCCACCCCAUUCCCCUCUCUGAACUGUAUUUAUGUACGUGUGUAAGAUACGGCCCCACUCGAGGGGGCCAGCCCUGCCUGGGUUUGCUCUCCUUGUCCUUCUCGCUGAGUUGUGCGGUGCUCCUCACAGCACAGGACCGAAUCCUGCUCCCCAGGCGGGAGCUCCGUGCCUUCUAGUGUCUAAGCGCUGUGAGCAACAUCCGAGCCCUUGGUUCUGAAAAGCAAGGCGCACAGGAUGCACUUCUGAGAUGGCAGUGUGUCUGGCUCUGGAUGCUGCUGUAAGGGCAGGGAGCUCUGGGUCCCUUGUUCCUGAGUGCAGCAGGAUGAGAUGCUGUGGGGAUGUAUCCUGGCACUGCCAGACUGGGCUGGGCUGUACCAAAGGGAUGGAGAACAACACAGCAGAGCACUCAGACCCUUCAGAUGGAGGGUGUUUAACCAGGGAAGGCCCUGCCGUGGAGAAACAUGAAAGCACAUGGGAAUCAGAGAGCACUUAGGUGCCACAGGACGUAAUGGUUUCAGUCCCACAUAGGGAUAGCGAUGGUCCUGGGCUGACAUCAGCACCCCGCUCUGCUGCAGGCUUGGGAUUGCCAAAAUCCGUCAUCGCCAACGUGAGCC